UCGAUAUCGGCGUAUCUCGAAAAUGGAGUGAGAAGGAUCUACCCGUGUUAUAAUGACAACCGUAUCCUUAAUAGAAUACAAUCCAGACAAAGGAUCCCGCCAUUCACCAUCAACUCCAACUAAAGGGUUAGACAAGACAAAAGUUGCUAAGAUAGGAAGUUUGACAGCGGCCAACAGAAGCAGGGAAGGUAGCUGUACUGUCAACGAAAUACAAGGGCUAUCCCUUUUAAAUACAGAGCUGACACACACACUUAAAAGUCGAACAGCAAUACGGAGAAAACCGAGAGAGAUUGAUCUUCUACCACAAAGACCAUCAACUACCCAGUAUUAUCAGCACACGUUUUAUGAUCCUGCGUGCGCCAAAGAUGAGAUACAAACAGGACCACUGAGUGUCAAUGGAGAAAAACUGGAUGCUCUAUCCAAUCUGCAGUUUCGUCUGCCAAGUACGCCACUAACACAUAGGCGACAGUAUUACAUCAGCCAAUCAUAUAGCAGUACAACUUGUAGUGAAUGCAGUAAAUGCGGUGGAAGAUCGUCUCCCGAUAACCCACCGUCAUCUCCCAAUCCAGAAGCAUCUUAUUUAAAGUUGGAUGGUAAAAAAAUGUCAUGUCCUGAUUUCAGAUCUAAAUCUGAGUUGAAAGAUUUCAAACCCGGAUUAUUAAAGAAAACGUCGUAUUGCUGUGUCAAAUGUGAGGGGAGAAUGACAAGCCACGACACGUUGAUGUUGGAAUCGGAAAGUCCAUUCCAGUCUUAUUUCCGCCAGCCAGCAACGUAUGCAGAAACCCUGCCAUAUAACAACAUAAAACCAUUACACCCAGACAAGAGCUUGGAAACUUGUGAAGAACUGAUUGUUGACCAACCUCUAAAAGACAGUUUUCUAAAAGAUGAUAUGUUUACUUUACCAGAAUUACCACAUCAUAUAGCCAAUGAAAAAGUGAUAUCUAAAGCUGUAUUAGAACGUCACAAAGGCAAUCAAAGAUCAAGGCUCAGCCCGAGAUAUCUACAUAAUAAUCAUAAUAAAAUGAGGUCCGAUGAAAAUGAAGAACUUUCAAGUUCAACUUGCAUUAUAUCCAAACAGAUAUUUCACAGUUCUAACAAAACAGAAAUUAUAAACGAAGAAACAACAAGCCAGCAAUUUAAAGUUUCUACCAAUGAAACUAAUGAAAUUCACCAAAACUCUGGAGAAAGGAAAGAAAAAGAUACAGAGAGACGUGCUGUUGAUGGGAUAAUAAAUCUACUUUGGCCAAACCACCAAUCAUGCGAAAAGUACUUACAUUCACCUAUCACUUUGCUGGCGCGACCAAACAUCCAUCCACGUGAAAACGACUCACAUUCACCUGUCCCUACGUGGGAGCGUCUAAAUCACCAACCAUGUGAAAAGUACUCGCAUUUAGCUUUCCCUUCGAGCGACCGGCCGAAUUACAAACCAUGUGAAAAGUGCUCACAUUUACCUGUCAUUUCGAGAGAGAAAGCCUCAUCGAUGUCAACCAGUGAUCUAAUACAAAGUGAAGUAACAGAAGCAACACCAUCUCCUGGUUUAGAGCCAUGUGAAGAAGCAGAAGCACCACCAUCACCUGAUUUAUCGCAAAUUGAAUUAACAGAAACACCACCACUUGCCGAUUUAGGUACUCCAUAUAAUUCAAACACGGAAAUGCAGAUUGGAAUACAUUUAGAAGAUCCUAGUAUUUCUGUUAGCAUACAUAAUCUUCCAAGUAAUUCGUCAUCAAAGGACAAUGACAUUAUAAUAGAGGCCGAAAUUUUCAAAACAGAAAGUGUCAAACAAACUUUGACAAAUGCAGUAUAUUCAAAAGACGAGUUCAUAGGAAGAGUAAAUGGCAUGGAAUCAAGAGAGAUGUUACAAGACAUCAUGCGCGAGUGUGCCCAGGGAUUAAGACAUAUAUCUCAUAGGGGAUUUUUGCCAGACAUUUCUGCAAGAAAGGACUUUUACUUUGAACCAAAUACCGAUAAACGGUACAACAGAUGGAAAAGAAGGCGAAAGAAGAAGAGCAAACAGGGUCGAGAUGGAAAGCAGCAAGAAUUGGUAUCACCUGACGACAGCUCGGAAGAAGAAGCCAAUGACGAGGAAGACUCCAUCGCUCCGGAAAGACCCGAUUCACAACCCAAGUUUCGCCGUCGACGCCGAGAAACCUUAAAGAAGCUUUUUGGUAGCGAACAGGCAAUGUUGUGCUAUGAUGCUAGUUCGGAUCUAAUAUCUUCAGACAGAGAUAAUUACAUGUCAUGGGCGAAUAACCUACGAACUAGUCAUCAUGCUCCAAUAUCUGAUGAGGAAUUUGACGCGUUUAAAGAUAAAAGUAACGAUGGAACGCAUCUUUCGUCUCUAUAUAAUCAGCAAGAGAAAUAUACAAGCUCAACCUUUUUACAACAACUGGGUUCUAACAUAGAAAGAUCAGUGAAGUCAACAAAGGCUGUAACUCGGACAAAAGAUGUUAUACCACUAACAGAAGGUUUCGACGGGAAUGAUACCGAUAUUAUCAAAAGGGUCAACAGCCGUUUUAAAAUGCAAGAUAGGCAAACACAAAAUAGAUCAAAAAAAAGCAAGUGCUUAGACAGACAUCAUAACGAAGUGAGUAAAGGAAACAGAUCAAAGUUACCUCAGAAUAGAAAUGUUGAGGGAUUAAAUGUUGAAAUUAUUCAUAGAGGCAAGCAUGCAGAAGAUUCGAGUUUUGUUCGGGAAAAAAUAAUUUCAUGUGAAAAUGGUGGUACAAAACCUAACAGAAUGCUCGAGUUGGUAUCUCCGGAAAAUGACUUUAUCACAUCUCCGAAUAACUCGAUUAAACAUGGAUACUUAUCAGCUCCUGAUCAAGCCUCAGCUGCCGGUCAAAUGUUAGAUGCAAGUAGUUGUCGACAGAAUUUAUCAGCACCCAAUCAAGUGUUAGAUGCAAGUUGUAAUAGAAAAAGUUCCCAUGCUACCGACCAAAUGUUGGAUGCAAGUGAUUAUCGACAAAAUUCAUCAUCUGCCGAUCAACUGCUGGAUGCCGAUGAUUAUCGACAAAAUUCACCAACUGCCGAUCAAGUGCUGGAUACAAGUGGUUAUCGCCAAAAUUCCCAUACUACCGACCAAAUGUUGGAUGCAAGUGAUUAUCGACAAUAUUCAUCAUCUGCCGAUCAACUGUUGGAUGCCGAUGAUUAUCAACAAAAUUCCCAAACUCCGAAUCCAAAGUGGAAUCCAAGUGGUUAUCGGCAAAAUUCAGCAACUGCCAAUCAAGUGCUGGAUGCGAGUGGUUAUCGACAAAAUUCCCCAACUGCUGACCAUGUGUUGGAAGCAAGAGGUCAUCGACAAAAUUCAUCGGAUAUCGGUCAAGGUAUGGAUGCAAGUGAUUAUCGACAAUAUUCCUCACCUGACGAUCAUGCGUUUAAUGCAUGUGGCUAUCGACAAAAUUCAUCGGAUGUUGGUCAAGGGAUGGAUGCAAGUGAUUGUCGACAGAAUUUCUCAACUGACUGUCAAUUGUUGGAGGAUAGUUGUUGUCGACAAAGUUUUUCAGCUUCUGAUCAAAUGUUAGACGCAAGUAGUUAUCGACAAAAUAAUGUACUAAAUGGCUAUUCCGAACCAAUUCUGCAAAAUGUGCUUCAUUCAUCGAUGAAUUCCACAAGUGAGUGCGAUUCAGACCCAUUUAUACGAGUAGAAACUGUACUGCGAAAUAGUCAACAGUAUGGAAAUCUUAGCAAUCAAAUACUAACAAAAGAUAGUCGCGAAAACAUCACAGGUAUCCCCAUGCAAUCAUCUCGUCACCGUUUUUACAAUAAAGAUAGGAAAAGCGAUUUCAACACCAUUUUAGAUCUAGAAAGGUCUGUUUUAAAGUUGGCAAAACAGCACCACCAGAAAAAUCAGUCUUUGUCCAACAAGAAGUAUUCUGCAGGUCAGCUUAAACCAAAACUUCCUAAUAUUCAAGAUGUCAAGGCAUCAACACGAAGUACAGAUAAAGGGAAACAGUUAAAGAAUUAUAGAAAUAUCUUGGAUAGGUUUGUAAAACCUUUGGACGUCCAGAACGUUGAGGGAAACACUAAUCCUUACCUCAAGGAGAACGAUGCUGUUCUGGUCACAACGACCUAUCGACAUAGGAAGGAGAAUCCUGUUAUAAAGAAUGAUAAACUGAAAAGAGAAAAACGUUCACAACGUCAACCCCUGUCGAAAAAGCUGAAUAAUUCAACAGUACAAUCUGUGCAAGAAAACGAACCUGCUGAAACAGAACUAUCAAUGCUGACACUGAAUGAACUUUUGCAAACAAUGCCUGGAAACAAAGUGAAAAAGUUCAUCCAAAAGGUGACGAAGAAAAUAACUUGUGAUCAAUCGGAUCAAGAUUCAGGAAAAGAAUUACCUGCAUUAGAUGUGAAGAAACUGAAUAUGAUAGCCAAGGCAUACACAGAUUCAGAGCAAGAAAAGGCCAGUCCGAAAUGUUUGGGAGAACAAACCAAAUCUUUACCCAACCAAACUAUACAAGCUGAAUCUAGCCGACCUCAUUCUCAUGAAAGAAGCAUAUCUAAUUUGUCAUUUUCAAGAGCUUUCACUUUCUCAGUAUUUGACCUACCAGAUGGAUAUAGGGAAAAGAAUAAGCAACUACAAAGAAGAGCUUAUACAGCCAUCAAGUCUCGCUAGGAGUAGAUGUUUCACCAACAAAAAUGAAGACAAUAUAUGAAGAUUAUGUGUAUGUAAAUAAAUGUUAAAAGCAUUAAAAAUAUUAUUCUGGUAUUAAAUCCAAUUCAUAAUAA